AGUCGUGGUAGUGGCAUAAUUUAUGGUAUACCGAUGGCAAACCGAACAUAUUAUGUGAGUGCGAAAAACCAGAUAGACAUAAACUCAUUGCAGAGAAGAGUACAGAUAAAACUGAACGUAAACAAAAAUCUCACUCAGGCCCUUUAUAUUACCUGGUAAUUUCUUUAUAAGUUUUUCGAAGUUUGGUUAGAUAUUUGGCCUGUUAUUCAGGCAUACAAAUAACGAUCACAGAAAGAUAAGUACAAAAAGAAUUUGCGAAAGUUAUUGUUGAUUUGGCAAAACAAACACUGUAAUGUCAAAAGCAUCGCCUGGACCGUCGGAAUCGGUUUCCGAGUCUGUGCCUCCUACUAGAUCCGAACAAGUGGAUGUACAACCUCUAUACGCAAACAGAAUAUACAAAGACAUACGGCAAUUUUUCACCGACCCCAUACCAGACAUCAUGUUCAGUCCAGAUCCGGAAAAUCUACUAGUUUCGCAUGCAAUUAUCAUCGGUCCGGAAAAAACGCCAUACGAGGGAGGAUUCUUCUAUUUUUACAUCAAACUACCGCACGACUACCCAUUUUCACCGCCCGUGGUCACACUAAUGACAACGAAUCAAAAUACCGUCCGAUUCAAUCCGAAUCUGUAUAAAAAUGGAAAAGUUUGUUUGAGUAUCCUGAAUACAUGGAUGGGUCCUCAGUGGUCUUCGGGGAGUACACUUUCCAGCGUCCUAUUGUCCAUCCAAUCGAUCAUGAACGAUAAACCGUUUUUCAAUGAGCCAGGUGUAUCGAUAUAUCCGUAUCCAACCAUCGAUCCGGUGAAGAGCUACAAUGACAUAGUUUUGCACGAAACGAUUCGCGUUGCCGUUAUCGGUAUGAUGCAAGAUAGUUUUGACACGAGAAAUAUGCCAUCUGUGCUAAAAGAAUUCGUAACAAAUUACUUCAAGACCAAAAUUACGUACUACGAGAAAGUUAUCAAUGCUAAUAUUCAUCUGGACGGGCAAUCUAUGCACGAUCCUUUCAAUGAGCCGAGAGGCUUAUUUGAAUACAACAAAUUAAAAUUAGAAAUGGAAAAAUUGAAACAGCAACAUAUCGCUGACACCGCUCAACAAUCAAAUUAGGAGGAA